AUGACUACGGGGGGGGGGGGGGAGCCUCAGGAGCCAGAUAAGCCUCGGCCCCGGCCCCGAAGAACCUCAGCGCGGGGAUGGCGGGGCGCGGGUGACGACGGAGGACUGGCGAUGGACACGGAGCUGGGUGCUCCGCUGGAGGGGACCUGUGCACACAGGUGUACGAGGGACCCGGGGUGCACCCCGCCGGGAGCCCUGCGAAGGGGAGGCGCUGGCGAUGUUCCCGCGGCGAGCACCUCCCCUCGCCCUCCGGCCCGAGCCCGCCCCGGGCGCCCCGACGCGGCUCCCCGGCGCUCUCCUCCCGUCCUUGGGCACUGUUUCCAGGUGGCAGCCUUGGCCUGGAGGACCCCACCCCCCACCGUGUCCUCCAGGUGUCAGUCUUUGCACAAAGAACAGCCCCCUAUUGUGUCACCGGCGAGUCUCACCUCCUCCGGCUCUCCUGCACUGCCCCACCUUGCUCCUCCCCGGGCAGCUCGGUUCAUUUGCCCCAAAACAAAGCUCCCAGCCCAGCGCGCUCGACCGUGCGCGUGGAGCCUGGACAUCGCCCUGCCUCCCCCCAGAUUUCCAAGGGUCCAGGGACAGCUGUCGAGGUGGACGGAAAGCGGACCCCUCUGCGCCCCCCCCCACCCCCGGCCCCGAUCUGAUCGCGGGCUAAGCCGGCUCCGGGCCAUCUCAAGCCCAACUCCCGCUCCAGCCUCGGAGGCCACUCCGCCCCGCCCCUCUGUGGCCACGGCGAAAACCCGUGGCCGAGGACGGAACGGUAGGAAGCUGCAACUCGGAGGGUGGGCGGGGCGAGGAGGCCGAGGAGGGCUCUAGAGGAAGUGGAAGGAUACGUGAGCCCCGGUCGGAACUACUUUCGGGAGGAGGUCACGUGUGCUCCUAGUUGGGGAACUUUCCAAAUUCCCAUUCCCCCCGGCGCCCGGGAGCUGGUUACACAAGCACCCACGUCCAAGCACGUGCCCCCCGCUCCCGGCGUGCGCCCUCCCGCCUCUGUCCCGCUCGGGUGACAGGGUCUCCAGGUUGGGUUUGCCGAGGUUGCGGCCAACUUCCUAUCGCCACCCCUGAGCUGGUGAGCGCGCCCCCACCGACGGAUCUGAUUGGAGAAAGUGGUCCGUGGCCCUCAGCCCAGAACAAACCUGUCAAGUCCACUUCACUAUCCAGCCAACUACCAAGCAAGUGAAGAGAAGAGGCAUCCAUCAAUCCCCAAUCUAGGAAUUUCUCCUUGUUUAUUCUUACCCUAAGGAUGUGGUUCUCAAGGCAACAGUUGGAGUCCAGAAGCAUCUGAUCUGAGACCCAGGCUGAAAACAAGUGGGUCAUUUUAGAAACCUGAGAAAAUAGGAAUCAAUUAGCAUGGGUGUUGCCAUGAGAGUAUCUAGGUGCCCAGGAAGGUCUACAGGGCAUUUGUGAAGUGUAUGAGAAAGAGGAUUGUAUGUGUGUACAUCAUCUUUGCAGGCAGCCCCUGAAGACUAGAAAUCUCCAGAGGCCUAGCUCAGAGAGCCACAGGCCAUUACCUAACUUCAAGACUGCUAAUUAAACCAAGGAUAUUUACAGUAUUAUUAGAGAUCUUCGAGU